GAUUCCGAAACUAGAGAACGUUUCCAGCGAAUGGAAGUUGUGUUUUUCCAACUACCGUGUGUUGACAGUAUUCCGAUCCAAUCCAUUCAUGACAUUACUCUAUCGGAUAGCAGUGCGCGUAUGUGGAACGUUUAGUUUGGACGCGAGUGCGUGUUUUAGCAAUGAAGUGACAAAAUUUCGAGUAAAGGCAGUUGUUUAGCACUCUUAAAGUAUUCUUUACAGGCAACAGGCGUUACAAGAAGAGAAAAUGAACUAUCUUGAAGAACUAGUUAUAACUUUGUUAUUUGCCAUUUAAGGCUAAGUUACACCCUUUUAAUUCAAUUAAAGACAUUUUGUAUUAUUGAGAUUUGAGAAGUAGAUUAAUUUUUAUAAUUCUGCUCUUUCUAAAUCAACUGGGCUCUACUUUCUUAAAAAAUAAGUUCGCGAACUCGGCCUUCGCGGUAGAAGUCACUUACUUCCCUGCCGAAGGCCGCCCGCUCUCGGCACGAGCGCUCAGCUGUCUGCGGCCCGACCUCUGCCUGCUCUGUGUCAGUUGCCGAGCUUGUGGGGAGAAGGUCCCAUUGAUGCGGUGUUGCUAGCUAGCCGCCUGCAGGGCGCCACUAGUCAUGUGAUCAGGUCCUCGCCAGCCAAUCACCAUGAGGGAGGAGGAGCUGGAGGUGGCCAUCAAGGUGGUGAUCGUGGGCAACGGCGCCGUGGGCAAGUCCAGCAUGAUCCAGCGCUACUGCAAGGGCACCUUCACCAAGGACUACAAGAAGACCAUCGGCGUGGACUUCCUGGAGCGCCAGAUCGAGCUGGACGGAGAGGAGGUGCGGCUCAUGCUGUGGGACACGGCGGGGCAGGAGGAGUUCGACGCCAUCACCAAGGCCUACUACCGCGGCGCGCAGGCGUGCGUGCUGGCCUUCUCCACCACGGACCGCGACUCCUUCGAGGCCGCGCACUCCUGGAAGAUGAAGGUGGAGGACGAGUGCGGCGAGAUACCCACGGUGCUGGUCGAGAACAAGAUAGACCUGCUGGACCAGAGCGUCGUCGACCCGGAGGAGGCCGACCUGCUGGCGCGGGCCCUGGGCUGCCGCCUGCUGAGGACCUCCGUGAAGGAGGACGUGAACGUGAACGCCGUGUUCCACCACCUGGCUGCGCGCUGCCUGGCCGAGCUGCGCGAGCAGGAGGACGACUACUGCAGCUCCAACAACGGCUUCCACCCGCUCACCAUCAGUGCCUUCAGCCCGACCCACCACGCCGGCAAGUCCCGCCACGGCAACGGAACCAUCGUGCUGCGCCCGGGGAAGCAGAAAGGCCACAAGAAGAAGAACGUGCUGAAGAACGCCUGCCGCAUAUUAUGACGUGGCGAGCGACCCAGCGCGUGAGCAGGCUUCCACUGGCGUCACCGUACGAAGGCGCCUAGCGACCGUGGCCUUCCCGACCGUCCGGCAUGCAUUCCGUCCCCGUCCCCCCUGCGCAGGUCCGGCCUGGCAGCUCUUCGAGCACCACGGAACACUAAAUAGGUGACAGCAGGGCGGAACAAAUCUUGGCACCAUUGUUCCCAUGUCAAAUUAGCUACUAUGUUAGUCGUCUACAUUUUUCUGAUGAGCGGCAGCUUGCUUAACUUAUUUAACCAUCACAAAAAAUGUUGUGUGCUAAAAAUUUUUAAAAAUAUAUUGUGAACAGAUGCAGACACAACUGAAGCAAAUUUUGUCCCUUCAGUCUCUUGCUAAGCUAAAACCAGUAUGUACAUCUAGUACCUAGUACUUGCCAUAUUGACUUCGUACUUGACAAGAACAGAGGGAUACAUGUUGUGUUAUAUCUUUGACUGGUGCCUAGAUCCUUUAUAAAUUUGUUCCGCCCUGGGUAAAAGCCACUGUAAUCAACACACACACAUUCACAUCAGUAGUGACGAUGGCCAUCAGGUUGUGUCCGACAGGCACUUAGACUUAAUAUCAGCUGGGCACAUAUAUUGUAUGGUUGGUCUUCUCAGCAGUGUUACCGCCCACACCUCCUUCCAUUCCCUGAGUCUUAGCCGCCGCAGUCUCCUCACUGUUCCCAAGGUUGAGCCAUUGUGACACCAAGUUGUGACCAGAGGAAUUAGUUUGUGAAUGUCCCCUUCACCAAGACAUUACUUUUCUUAAUCCAUAUUUCUGAGGAAUACUCUUGCAUUUUUAAUAGUUAUAUUAUACUUUAAUGUUCUACACAUUGAAACCACAAAUGAAUUAUCUAAGAAAAGACAUUUUAUAACACUGACAGUCAAUGGAAAUUAUAUUAUUGUUUAUUAUCAAUUAAGUGCACCAAGCAGAGAGCUGUGUGCUGAUGCUUAAGUAAAAAGCGUACUGGUGUGCUGUUGAAGGGACCUGAGGAAAUAUGUAAGCCAUGCACCCCUUGCUUCCCGUAGCCAGCACAGAAGACCGUGGUUUGUCAUUGUGGUAGCUGCUUCAACGUUAGCCUCUGCUGUUUGAGUUGCAGUGAUUGGAGGAAUUAGCCAAGCUUAUAUUGACUGUGGUGACACCUGGCUUGUGAAAUCCAAGAAUCUACCUAAUCACAGGCUGCAUUUUUAAAAAAAAUAAAAUCACAACAGAUUAUCCUAAGACGUAAACUAAGUCGAAUGAUUAAAUGCUCUAACUUAAUUCAGAUACGAUUACAGUAAGUACUAGAUUCCGAAUGCUACAACCUAACAGCAUUAAGGCUCCUUCCUCAUAAGCCCCGAAAAUGAUCUUUCGUUGUCUAUCUCCACCACUCCAUAUCCUCCAAAUUCUCUGACAUUGGACAUUGCUAAUUCCCAGUACACUUCCAAACUGUAUGUUAGCAUGGCCUUGAGUUGACUGUGAAUUCUUUAUGCUGAAAGAAGUCACAAUCACUCUUACAUCACAAGUGACAAUGUGAAUUGAAUAAUAGCCACCUGUAGCUGAACAUUACUCGUAUAGUUAACAUGUGAUACAAAAAAUAUAUUUGUUAUUGUUUCGUAUAUUUGUAACGGGUGGAAAGAGAGAGUGUGAGAACAGUGUGUAUGUAACCUGUAUAAUACUAAUCAAGUUAACCAAAUAAUGUUAUUUUUACACUUACAUUUUUUAUUGUUUGUAUAGUGGACAUGUGGAUUGUAAAACUUGUGAAGUUCAUCUUUUGUAGUUGACAUAUUUUUAAUUUUUACUUCCCACAUUAUAUUGUUUCCAGUCUCAAUCAAAACUUGUGUUGUUUGCAACUGUAAUUCGUCUUUUAUUUGGAAUAAAAUUGUGUACCUUGUAA